AUUGGCUCAGGAUGGGGGUAUCCCACCACUCAGCCGUGUAGCCACUGUCUACAUCUACAUAAUGGAUCAAAACGACCAUGCGCCCGAGAUUGUGAGUCCUCCAGCCAAUGGCACACGCUUAACAGAGACAGUUCAGAAAAAUGCAGAGCCAGGAAGUUUGAUCACAAAGGUAGUGGCCUAUGAUGCAGAUGCAGGACAGAACGCAUGGGUCGUCUAUCUGCUGGACCAGGCCAGCGAUCUGGAUCUCUUUAAAGUUCACGAACACACAGGAGAAAUUCGUACCACGCGGCGCGUCCUUGAAGACAACUCCACCUCUUUCAGUCUAACUGUACUAGUAAGGGACCAUGGCGAACCACCUCUGUCAUCCACCGCUACAAUCAACGUCGCUGUCAUGGAGGUGCCACUAAAAGUCACGCCUGACCCCAAACGAAUUAUCCGCCCUCACAGCUCUCUCUUGUUUUCCAACGUGACAUUAUACCUCAUUGUAGCCUUGAGCGCCACUACCUUUGUGUUCUUGGUGACAGUGGUUGUGCUGGCUAUCGUGCGCUGCCAUGCCUAUUGCAGCCAGCCCGGGUCCUGUUCGCCCUGCUGCGUGUCCCAGAAGGCCCAAGCGGAAGGUGGCUCAGGAGGGGGAGGCGGAGGUGGUGGUGGUGGCUCUCAACCCAAUAACAAUGUGGUGCUUAGACGAGACCUCAAGGUUGAGCCUCAUCAUAUUGAGGUCCGGGGUAAUGGCUCUCUGACCAAAACCUAUUGCUACAAGACCUGUCUGACUGCUACUUCGGGCAGCGACACGUUCAUGUUCUACAACACGGGCCGACCCAUCAGUGGCACCUGGGGCUCCGAGCGCUUUUUUACAGGAGGGAGCGGAUUUGUUCGCAGGCUUAGUAUGCCAGAUGCAGCACUACAGCCCAAAGGACCAAAUGCUGACUGGCGUUACUCUGCUUCGUUGAGGGCAGGAGUGCAGAGUUCUGUGCAUAUGGAGGAGGCAUCAGCUGUGAUGCAGGGAGCGCAAGGCAUGCUGGUCCAGAACUGGCCCACAGUCUCCAGUGCAGCAGAUGGGGAGGGAGAGGGACAGCUGUCCCCUCCUGUUGGAGCUGGAAUCAACAGUAACAGCUGGAGCUUCCGCUACGGUGCAGGCCCCGGCUACGGUCCUCCACAAGCCCUGAAGCCGGGAGAGAUCCCCCCUGAAGCCUUCAUUAUUCCCGGCUCUCCUGCCAUCAUCUCCAUCCGGCAGGACCCAGGUGCCGUUGAUGAUAAGGGUGAGUUCAUCACCUUCGGAAAGAAAGAGGAGUCUAAGAAGAAGAAAAAGAAGAAGAAGGAAAAGAAGGACAAGAAAGAUAAAGGAAAAGAUGAUGGCGAGGAGUAGCAAAGAACGUCCCACUACAAUAUUACAGCUAUUAACUUAUGUUUGUAGCAAAUGCUGACAGAAAGAGAAAACCAAAAAUACUGAAAAUGUAAAGAGAGAAGUUCCUUCUAUAUACCUUAUUUACCAAUUCCAGUUGAAGAAAGAAGAGAAAUUUAAAAUUAACCCUGUGAACCUGUUACUCUGAUUGGCUAUUUUUCUAGUUCUGGCGCAGAAAUUAAACAGCGAUGUCCAAGAAAGAACUCCAGUCUGCAAAAUGCAAACCAAGCCCACUCGCACCUUGUAAAUGACAUUUUCAACCACAAUGAGGGAAGUCCCUCUCCUCUUUUAAAAGUAUCAAAUGAAUCCAGUUAAACUGGAUAUGAACUCAUGCCAUACCAAGAGUUUUCUCUAACUCCAUCCCUGCCUUCCUCCCUCAAUGUCAAAUGGGGAAGAAACAACCACCCCUGGCCCCGCCUCACUCCUUGAUCCGCUGGAAACAAAAAGACACUACAACUUUAUCAGAAAGACCAGUGUCUGAUUUCUAGAGGAGAUCAAAAAUAGACGCCUACAGAGAUGGAAAUGUAGUAGCGAAAUCACUUGCUUUACACUCACAAAUACGUCCUAGAACAGGGCACAGAGAUCUCUAGUGCUUCUGUCCUGCUCCCAAAGUAAUGCUGAAAUCUCAGAAUGAUGCUUUACUCAGUAUAUUUUCUAAGAGCAAGUAAAUCUCAUCUUAUACAGUCCACACCCAUGAUUUGUAUGAAUACAAAUCACAAAUUGAUGUGUGUUCUUGCUCUCUAAUGCAUAACACACUAUGAACAGGCUGUCCACAUGCUGUACACCUAAAAUCACCACAGGACUGAAGCACAACAGCCUCUCAAAAGUCUGUAAAAUAGCAGAAUGAAUACUUGUGGCUUCAUUUCAAAACACACCCACUUCCUUUGCUGCUGUUUUUAAUGUUUGAUAGAUGUCAUCCCACUUCUUGACAGCUUUAUGUCUUAGUCCAGCUACUUGUCCUUAGCUACUGCUUGUAACUUUCGCAUAUCUGAUGUUGCCAACCUCCCUUUAUCUGGUGUGCAUUGCUGGCCCCAUGUCAGUACUGCCCCCUGGUGGCUCGUAUUGUACAAUGU